AUGUCGGAGCCUGACAAGGAGAUCAAGAUCGAACCAGCGGUGGUGGAUGAGCACCACGAGCGCAAAGCCUCCAUCUUCGAUGAUGAGCAGAAGCGUAAAGAGAGCGUCGCUCGUCUCACUGCCAAUUUCGAGGGAGAAAUCAAAAACCCACUCGUUGACAUUUCGCGCGAACAACUUCUAGCCAACGUCCACGACUUCGCUGCAGAACACCAGCUGACUGACGUCGAACCCCUCCUUGUCAAAGGUGCCCUUCUUGCCCAGUCGCCCGCCCUCUUCGAGGAACUCGAAGAACUAAACGAAGCAGACCGUACAGCUGUCCGCGAGGAGAUUACACAUCGGUUCAAGUUACCGCGGACACUCUACUUUACCAUUAUUCUCAACUCCAUCGCAGCUGCUAUCCAGGGCUGGGACCAAACGGGAUCUAAUGGGGCUAAUUUAACUUUUGGUCAGGCCUUGGGCAUCCCAGAUUCUGGCCCUGCGUGUGAGGCGGCGGGUACGUGUGAGAAGAAUGGAUGGAUCAUUGGGUUCGUAAAUGCGUGUCCUUAUAUAGCUAUCGCUGUUUUCUGUGCCUGGAUCUCUGAUCCGGUGAACGAACUCUGCGGCAGGCGUGGCACCAUCUUCAUCGCUGCCAUCUUCUCGCUUCUGGCACCCUUCGGUAUGGGUCUGAGCCAGACGUGGGGUCAGCUUGCUGUGUGUCGCGUACUCCUUGGAGUCGGUAUGGGACUCAAGGAAGUUACUGUGCCUGUUUUCUCGGCGGAAAACGUACCAGCUAGUGUGCGUGGUGGACUCGUUAUGUCGUGGCAGAUAUGGACAGCCUUCGGAAUCUUCCUAGGGACGGUCGCUAAUCUAGCUGUUAUGAACACUGGGGCAAUUUCCUGGCGUCUGCAGUUUGGAUCUGCUUUUAUCCCUGCUGUACCUCUUUGCAUUGGCAUCUGGUUCGUACCGGAAAGUCCUCGGUGGCUCAUGAAAAAGCGCAAGUACGCCAAAGCGUAUCGCUCCUUCCUCCGACUGCGGAACACCCCUCUACAAGCUGCGCGUGACCUCUACUACACCCAUUGCUUGUUGGAGCAAGAAGAGGUCUUGAUCCGUGAAGCUGGGAUUAACCCCAAAUCAAACUUCUUCACACGCUUCGUAGAGUUGUUCACUAUUCCGCGCGUUCGUCGAGCGACGCAAGCUUCUGGUAUUGUUAUGAUAGGGCAGCAGAUGUGCGGUAUCAACAUCAUCGCAUUCUACAGCUCAACGAUCUUCGCAGAGGGAGGAGCCACGAACAAGGAAGCUCUCAUUGCGUCGUUUGGCUUCGGUCUUGUCAACUUCACUUUCGCGUGGCCUGCUGUCUGGACAAUCGAUACUUUCGGUCGCCGCGGACUGCUCCUGUUCACGUUUCCGAAUAUGUUCUGGACACUUCUCGUAGCUGGGAUGUGUUACUACAUCCCCAAGGAUAGUGACGCGCAUCUGGGUUUGAUCGCCUUCUUCGUGUAUCUCUUUGGUGCCUUCUACUCUCCUGGAAUGGGGCCAGUACCUUUCACAUACUCAGCCGAGGUAUUCCCGCUCUCCCAUCGUGAAGUGGGCAUGUCGUGGGCUGUGGCUACGAACAACUUCUGGGCAGCGGUCCUGUCGCUUACACUUCCUCGAAUGCUCAAAGUUAUGAAGCCUCAGGGAGUGUUCGGCUUCUACGCCGGUAUGAACGUGGUCGCUCUCAUCAUGAUCUUCUUGUGGCUACCUGAGACUAAACAACGAACACUCGAAGAGCUCGACUAUGUCUUUGGUGUUCCCACGCGCACGCACAUGAAAUACCAGGCCGGUCAGAAUCUACCUUGGUGGUUCAAGACAUACGUCCUCCGGCAAAAGGGUCUCUCUAAGCCUCAGCUGUAUAAAUUUGGCGAUCAACGACCCCCUGUGAGCGUGACGGCGCAGAUGAGCUAUGCUUGGAAUGCGUACAUUCUUCGCAAGAAGGGUCUGGCUAAGCCGGAUGCCUAUGUCAAGGCGUCGCCUAGCGGCGAGAAGCAGGUGCACGCCCUUAUACAGCGUCUGCGCUGCCGCCGCCGCCGCCUCGCCAACACUUUCCCGUCCUUGUCACAGCAUAGCACCGAGACAGCCUCGAGAUUGUCCAAGAUGCCAGUCUUUGAUCUGAAGAAGAACCUCGUCUUCUAUGGCGCAUAUCACCGCGAGCCAACAAACGUCGCCAUCCACAUAGCAUGCGUGCCUGUCCUGCUUGCGACAGGCAUUCUCUUCGGCACAAACACACCUACCCUCCCCAUCCGCCAACACCCCCUCCUAACCCGCCUCAACCUCCCCUUGAACCUCGGCACCAUCGCCGCAGCUACCUACUCAACUCUCUACCUCCUUCUCUCUCCCAACCUCGCUGGCGUGACCGUCACCCCUAUCAUCCUCGCCUUCGCAUCCCUCUCCAACCGCCUCACGCAGCGCUACAACAAGACCAAAGUCAACAGCAUUGCCGUCGCCGUCCAUGUCGUAAGCUGGAUACUGCAAUUCGUUGGACAUGGCAAGUUUGAAGGGCGCAAACCCGCACUGCUAGACAAUUUGGUCCAGGCCCUGUUCCUGGCGCCCUUGUUUGUGUGGUAUGAAGUGCUGUUCAAGAUGGGCUUCUACAAGGGGUUGAAGAGGGAGGUGGAGCUUGGUGUUGAGGCCGAGAUUGCAAAGUUGAAGGCGAAGAAGGCGGACAAGGGUAAGGGGAUCGCACUAGACGAUAAGGCGGACACUAAGGAUGAUGUUGUGGACGCUGUCCUUGAUGGGGAAAAAGAGGGUAGUGGUGAAAUCUAG